GGGUGGGGCCUGCCCAUUUCUGCUUGUCACAGCUUGUCCUUUCUCUCCUCAGGAGGUGCAGUACCAUCACUCACAGCCACAGAGGGCCCAGCCCUCCUCAUGGACUCCUCAGAUGACUGUUGGAAGGCACCAGUGGGGCCAACUGCCUAGAGCACAGCAGCUCUGGGGCGGAGCCAUGGGGUGGUUGCCCAAGUGUCUCCUGUUCACAGCCCUGCUGCUCAUUAGCCUGCCCUGGGAGGUCCAGGGAAUGGCCAGUACCAACCUCAGCGUGGCUCGGGGGCCCUACCUGAGCAUUGGGGAUGGAUCCAUCAUGGAAUUCGAGUUCCCUGAGGAGAGUGAGGGCAUCAUCGUGAUCUCCUGCAGGUAUCCAGGCCCCAACACCACGGGCUCAGGCCCCACACUGCAGGUCUUCUCCCUGGAUACAGAGGUGCUGAGCGUCCAGAAUGUGAGUGCCAUGAACUGGGCUAAUGGGGGCGGCUUUGUGGUGAGCAUCCGCUCAGGCCUUCCUGGGCUAGUCCCACUGCACAUCCAGCUUCUGGACAUCCACCAGGAUCCACCAAGGCUGAUUGAGGAGCGGACAGAUUUCUUCAUCAAGGUCUCACCAGCCGAGGACCUGCCAGCUGCCCCUAGCGCCAACAUGCUGCACUUCUCUGAGAAUCCGGUCCUCUACCUGCUCCUUCCCCUCAUCUUCAUCAACAAGUGUUCCUUUGGGUGUAAAGUGGAGCUGGACGUUCUUAAGGGGCUCCUGCAGAGCCCCCAGCCUGUGUUGCUAGGUCUCCUGGGCCAGUUCCUGGUCAUGCCUUUCUACGCAUUCCUGAUGGCCAAGGCCUUUAAGCUGCCCAAAGCCCUGGCUCUGGGCCUCAUCAUCACCUGCUCAUCACCUGGCGGCGGGGGCAGCUACCUUUUCAGCCUCUUCCUUGGAGGCGAUGUCACUCUGGCCAUCUCUAUGACAUUCAUCUCUACCGUGGCGGCCACCGGUUUCCUGCCGCUGUCCUCAGCCAUUUAUAGUCGUCUGCUAAGCACCCAUGAGACACUGCACGUGCCUCUCUCUAAGAUCCUGGGCACCCUGCUUUUCAUCGCCAUCCCCAUUGCUGCUGGUACACUCAUCAGGUCCAAGUUGCCUCGGUGCUCCCAGCUGCUGCUGCAACUCAUCAAGCCCGUGAGCUUUGUGCUGCUCCUCGGAGGUCUCUUCCUCGCUUACCACAUGGGUGUCUUCAUCAUGGCAGGCGUGCGGCUGCCCAUUGUGCUGGUGGGCCUAACAGUACCCCUGGUAGGCCUCUUAGUAGGCUACUGUCUGGCCUUGUGCCUGAAGCUGCCAGGGGCCCAGCGGCGGACGGUCAGUAUCGAAGUGGGAGUGCAGAACAGCCUGCUGGCCUUGGCCAUGCUGCAGCUGUCCCUGCAGCGCCUGCAAGCUGACUAUGCCUCCCAGGCCCCCUUCAUCGUGGCUCUGAGCGGCACCUCAGAGAUGCUGGCCUGGGUCAUUGGGCACCUAAUCUACACCAGCCUCUUCCCUGUCUCCUGAGGCCUCUUGGUCAAACUUUGGCCACCUAGAGUCUCCCCGCUGCACCCAACUGUCUAACUGCACAGUUCUUGUGUACCAAAGGCCUUUAGUUCUCAUGCACUAUGCACUAGGGAGAAAUCCAGGCUUAUCUUUUUUGUUACUGGUUUUGUAUUUCUCAGCUUUCAGAGCCAAAGAGGCCAUGCUGAGUAAGGAAGUGGGCCCUACCCAGAAAACUAUUUCAAUAAAAGACACAAGCAGUCGAAGCCUCUUUGACUUGGCCUACUUCCC